UUCAAAAGGCAACACUUCUCAGCAGUUUCUGCUUGGAAAUUAAAUCUCAUACCAGUGGGCGACUAAGACAGAAGAAGCUUGUGUAUCUCCUAAUGUUUUCCUCUCUUUACAACAUCUCCUUCCCCAUUUCUAUUAAUCCCCGUCAGGAGGCUCUUCUCCCUGUGGAUCCCUCGCUGAAUGGCCACAGACGUGCUGAGUUAAAGCAGCUGUUAUCAGGAUUCCCUGACGCGCUUCUCGCAGACGCACUUGAUCAAAUUUCAGGAAGUCCCUUUCUACUUAUUUAAGGGGGGCUGUUGAAUAUCAGCUGUUGUCGGAUUUGGGGUUGUAUGAUGGUUGGGCUGCUGUAGAGACGCUUCAGCAUCAUGAGAAACCAGACCAAGAAGAGUGUAAAGUUUAUUCUGACAGCACUUCAGACUUUGACUGUCAGCUGGUUGAUCUGUGAAAAGUUUCCCUCUGCAGAAGGAAGUCCUGAUGUAGCUGUUAAACAAGGACAAACAGCAAGGUCAAAACAUUACGAGACAACAGUGCCUCUUCAGCUGGUUGGAAAAGAAUGGAAACCAGUCAGCAAACUCAAACCCCAGAGUCACCCUGUAUCACUGAGGCUCUUGGUGGAGGUGGAAGGUGAGCAGCUGGUCCUUGCUCUGGAGAAAAAUGAGGGGCUGUUUGCUGGUAACUAUAUGGAAACCCAUUACCUGGAAGACGGCAGAGAAGUCACAGGCCCUCACAACUUCACGACAAACUGCUACUACCAUGGAGAGGUGGAGAGCCACAUGGAGUCAGAUGUCAGCCUAAGUACUUGUGCUGGGAUUAGGGGUUUUAUAUAUCUUGGAAGCAGAUCCUACAUGCUGGAACCAUGUGCCAACUGUUCUGAUGGGAUUCACUGGAUCUACCCAGCAGAACACCUACAUUUUGUUCCUGGCACCUGUGGUCAUGGUUUUAAUAUUUCCCACCCCACUCAAAACACAGACACCAGUCCAUUUAGAGCAUUCGGCACACGACAUAAACGCCACAUUCAGACAACCACCAAAUAUGUGGAGCUCAUCAUUGUUGCUGACAACAGAGAGUUUCAGAAGCAAGGCAAAGACAUUGACAGGGUGAAACAGCGACUGGCUGAGAUCGCCAAUUAUGUGGACAAGUUUUACAGACCUUUGAACAUCAGAGUUGCAUUGGUUGGGCUGGAGGUAUGGAGUGAUGUAGACAAGUGUCCCAUUACACAGGAUCCCUUCACUACCUUGCAUGAGUUUCUAGACUGGAGAAAAGUCAAAUUACUGCCUCAGAAGCCUCAUGACAACGCCCAGCUGAUCAGUGGGGUGUAUUUCCAGGGGACUACUAUUGGGAUGGCCCCCAUCAUGAGCAUGUGUACAGCGGAGCAAUCCGGUGGAAUUGUUAUGGAUCAUUCGGACAAUCCUCUGGGAGCUGCGGUCACUCUGGCUCAUGAACUUGGACACAACUUCGGCAUGAACCAUGACACACCUGAGAGGGGAUGUGGAUGCAGAGUGACAGUGGAUCGCGGGGGCUGCAUUAUGACUCCCUCCACUGGGUAUCCCUUCCCAACUGUAUUCAGCAGCUGCAGCAAGAAGGAUCUGAUGGCGAGUUUUGAAAAGGGAGUUGGCAUGUGCCUGUUUAACAUGCCAGAACUCAAAGUACUCUACGGUGGGCAGAAAUGCGGCAACGGCUAUGUUGAGGAGGGAGAGGAGUGCGACUGUGGAGAAGUAGAGGAAUGCAUGAAUCCUUGCUGCAAUGCCACUACCUGCACUUUAAAAGGUGAUGCUGUCUGUGCACAUGGACACUGCUGCCAGGACUGCCAGCUGAAACCAGCAGGAACACCAUGCCGUGAACCCAGCAACUCCUGUGACCUGCCCGAGUUCUGCACAGGCUCCAGCCCUCACUGCCCUGCCAAUGUCUACCUGCACGACGGCCACUCCUGCCACAAUGUUGAUGGCUAUUGUUAUAAUGGCAUUUGCCAGACCCACGAGCAGCAAUGUAUCACGCUAUGGGGCCAAGGAGCCAAGCCAGCUCCAGGGAUCUGCUUUGAAAGAGUCAACUCAGCAGGGGACCCUUAUGGCAACUGUGGCAAGGAUUCAAAAGGCUCCUUUGCAAAAUGUGAAGCCAGAGAUGCUAAAUGCGGCAAAAUCCAGUGUCAAGGAGGAGCUAACCGCCCAGUUAUUGGCACAAAUGCCGUUUCCAUUGAAACAAAUAUACCCCUUCAGGAAGGUGGAAGGAUAUUAUGCAGAGGUACUCAUGUCUACUUGGGCGAUGACAUGCCGGAUCCGGGCCUGGUCCUGACAGGGACAAAAUGCGGAGAUGGAAUGAUGUGUCUGAAUCGUCGGUGCCAGAACGUCAGUGUGUUCAGCGUGCACGAGUGUGCAGCUAAAUGCAGCGGUCGAGGGGUAAGUGAGGCACCUUCUCCGUCUUUUUUUAGCUGCUGUGAAAAUGUAAAAGCCAUUUUAAAUGGAUCUAAACCCAGUUUUAUUUCCCAUUUAUUCUUCAAAUAAAUUUAAUAACUGCCCAUUGUGCAUUUAUUAAGGAACAAACAGAGCCCCUGGUAAUAAAUCACUUGAAAUGUUGAAAGGUUCAAUCAGUUAGUCCUAAUGAUCUCAUUUAUGUUCAGCUCUAAGUACCAUUCAUCAUACGCCCAGGCUGUCAUUCUUCUCCUAAACUGAGUUUAGAAAUGCUUUGACUAAAUUUAUUUGGAGCAAUGCCAUGACACAAAGUUUAACUUUAAGGCAGGUGGGAAUAGAUUUUUGCUACCUUUUUUAAUUCCUUGUUUGACAGUGCUCACAAUUGUUUCAUACACCUUGAAUGUUUCACUU